UCCCCUGUUGAAUGUGUGGGAGUUAGAUGAAACAGUGGCAAGAAAACAGAAGCAAAGACAAAUUGUGAGAAGCUACGGAGACAGAAAAAAAGAGAAAAGGGCAGCUCAGCUUGAAGCAGGAAUGAAGUAUCCUGCAGCUCCUCAGAAUAAAUCUCUGUUAGAUAUGGAGGUGGCCAACUACUGUGAAGGCCUGGAUCCAUCAUACAGCACACUAGGGUUUGAGAAUGCAGAGGUUCUCUAUGCAGGAGGAGACAGUAUGCCAACAGAACCAAGCCACUCUGGUCCAGAUGGGCUGAACGCUAACUGCGCAAUCUGUGGAGAUAAAGCCACAGGAAAACACUAUGGUGCUUCUAGCUGCGAUGGCUGCAAAGGCUUCUUUAGACGCUCCAUACGAAAAAGCCAUGUGUACACCUGCCGGUUCAGCAGACAGUGUGUGGUUGACAAGGAUAAGAGGAACCAAUGUCGCUUCUGCAGACUCAACAAAUGCUUUAGAGCUGGCAUGAAAAAAGAAGCUGUACAGAAUGAGAGAGAUCGGAUCAGUUCCCGAAGAGUCAUCCCAGAUUCUCAAGAUCUUCCACCCAUUACUGUCUUAGCACAGGCAGAGUCAUUAUCCCAACAAAUCAUCACUCCUGUAGGACUAGUAGACGUAUCGAAUGUGAAAUCAGCCACUGUAGGGGAUGUAUGUGAUUCUAUGAGGCAACAACUGUUGGUUUUGGUGGAAUGGGCCAAAUAUAUUCCUUCCUUUGGCGAGUUGCCACUGGAUGACCAGGUGAGCUUGCUCAGGGCUCAUGCAGGUGAACAUCUCUUGCUUGGGGUUGCCAAAAGGUCAAUGCCAUUCAAGGACUUUCUCCUUUUAGGUAAUGGCUGUGUGAUACACAGGAACGGCCCUGAACCUGAGAUUUGCAGAGUUGCCAGCAGAAUAUUAGACGAGCUGGUCCAGCCCUUCCAAGAUAUUCAGAUAGAUGACAACGAGUAUGCAGCUCUCAAGGCAAUUGUCUUUUUUGACCCAGAUGCAAAGUCGUUGCGGGACCCAACAAAAAUUAAGACUAUGCGUCUUCAGGUUCAGAUGAGUCUGGAAGACUAUAUAAACGACCGUCAGUACGACUCCAGGGGUCGUUUUGGAGAACUCUUACUGCUGCUUCCCACCCUGCAGAGCAUCACCUGGCAAAUGAUUGAACAGCUCCAGUUCAUUAAGCUAUGCGGCCUGGCCAAGAUAGACAACCUGCUGCAGGAGAUGCUGCUGGGAGGAUUAACAACAGAGUCCAGCCACCUUCACCAUGCAGCACACACCCAGUUGGCCCAGGACCAUGUGACUGGACACACCCUUGUCAUCAGUACCAUGCCUGCUGCUCACAUUCCACAAAUAGCUUCACCUGAGACUCCCAUCCCAUCGCCACCACAGGGUCCCACUACAGAAAUGUACAAACAUUUCCCUCAGCCUCAUUGUCCUCCUGCCAGCCCCUCACCUUCUACACAGACAGACCCCUGACUCCUUCCUGCCCUAUGACAAAGAGUCUUUCAUAAAAUCAGUUUUUUUUUCUUGGAUGCAUAGUUUAAUAUACUGAUGUGAAAGUUAGGAAGGCACUCCUUAUUCAGAAUGUGUCUUAAAGACUUCCCACUGCCUGUUCCCCCUCCCCAGUGUUACAGCAACAAUGGUCUCAGAAUAAUUGCCUGCCUUUCAAAGGUAAGCUUUUAUUCAAAUGUAAACCCUCACAAGUCUAUAUCUUUCAACAAAAGACCAGACACAGGAGCUUCAGCUGCAAUGAUGAGAGGACGCAGAGCAAUUUAGGGGCUCAUUUAGAAUCCAGCUGGUGUUCCACCCAGCUCUGACCAUUUGGAUCAUUCCAAUAGUCAUCUCACAGGGGUAGGAAUGAUGUGUGUGAGUAAACUGUAAUGAUGGCUUAGCGGUAACUUCAUUAAUUGAACAGCCUUACAUGACAACAGGCUCGGUCAUCUGAUAAAAUGUAUAUAUUUUGAGCAACUAUUGCUCGUGGUUUCCAGGCUUUGAAAGACAAAUUUUCUGGACAUUUUCUUUGGUAACGCUGAUUUGUCUGAAUGAAGUAGAAUGGAAAAUAAAAAGAACAAUUCUGAGUGUGAGAUAUGUUAAUGAGGUAUACAUUUUUGAGCAGAAACCUCAAUUUAGCUGCUUUUGAAUUAUUCCAAUAUUUGCUCAUCAGCUAUCCAUCUAACCCAAAUGUCUAAAAACAAAAUUAAGAAAGCACACAAGUCUUUGAGCUUUGGAGUUUAUGUAAAUGAUGAGCUGUCAAAGUGAUCUGUUACCUGCCACAGUCUCCAAAUCCAGCCAGCUUGGCUCUCUGACUUGACCUGACCCAAAACUGGAUUUGCACGCAAAGUAGAUUAGAUAAACGGCAAAUGGUUCAACAUGAAACAGCACAGUGUAAAAAAAAAAAAGUAAAUCAUAUUAAAUCACAAAAGAAUUUGCGAAUUUCAGAAGUAGAUCAUUCUUUGUUUAAAUUGAUUUCAAUUUGUUAACUAAGUGAACAGCAAACUAGCAGCACAGACUGGCUUACUGAAUAAAUAUGAACCCCAACAAAAACGGCUGCUAACAACAUAGUGCAUUUUUCUACAUAAUACAAUAGCAUAAUUCUGGAAAUAGUAGAGUAAAUGGUGAGGAAGGUUUGCACAGUUAAUAAAGAGGUUUGUUUAUUUUACUUCUUAUAUCUGAGUACAUUAAAGUGAUGACAAUAAGUAGCACUGAGUUUCAGGCCGAUGCUCUGAUAUUUGUACAGCCACAGCUCCAAUUCUUAGCCAGAUUGUUUUAAUAUACACAACCAUGUUCUGAGGUAAGGAAUUGUUGUCAUUUUAUUUUGGAAACUGCAGAUUGUCACAAUUUAACCUUUUUGUCAAAUACUAAUAUGAGGUUGUGCCUAUUUUAUAUUUAUCUCCUAUUUAGAGUUUCCUCUGUCUCCAAUGUAAAAUAAACUGAGGUAGCUAUAAAUUCAACAAAAUAGCUCAUUUGUCUUUACAGUUGUUGCUGGGUUAGUCUUGGUUUUGAUUUGUUUCUCUAAAUGUCUUAGAUGAUAAUAUUUUUUUAAAUGCCUGUUGAGGAUUUUCUGUGUACAGUUUAUCAUACAUAAAAAAGCAACAACAAAAAAAAAACUGCUGUUCAGUUGUAUAUAUAUAUAAACAACCGAACAGCAUGUAUCACAACAUUAAAAUGUGAGACCUUCUCUCAGACCAAUUUAUCUAAAUAGAUGAAUAAGAUUGUACAUUUUAUUUUUUAGGAUCUGACCAAAAAGACCACCUGACAGCUUAA